AUGUUGGACAAGGCAUGGGUGCAUCUAUGCAGAGCUGAUCCUGGUUAUAAAAGUGGAGCUUGGAAAUUUGUAAGGGAUGUGUCUGCGGCUUUAGGUGACAUAGAAAUGAUAAUAUGUCCUUGUAAAGACUGUCGUAAUGUAGUACGACAGUUAAACAGUGUUGUGGUUGAGCAUCUUGUAAUAAGAGGGAUGGAUGAGGCAUACAAGGUGCAUAGUGAUUGGUAUCAUCAUGGAGAUGUGAAGUCAGUAGAUGAAUUUCAAAGUAAACCAACUCAGUGGAAUGAGGAAGUUUUUGAGUUAUAUAAAGCUGCUGAAUUUUUUGAUCAAGAGUUGGCUUUUAGAGGUGACUUAGCUGACCAACCUGUGGGCGACUUAAGUGAGAUUGCAGAGGGUGAGGACCAACAAGAGGAUGAGUUCCUUGCAAAGAUCCGGGAUGCUGAAACCCCACUAUACCCUAGCUGUUCAAACCACAGCAAGUUAUCGGCUAUUGUGACUUUGUUUAGGAUUAAGACACAUAAUGGCUGGUCGGAUAAGAGCUUCAAUGAACUGCUUCAGACAUUGCCAAGCAUGUUGCCAGAUGGUAAUGUCUUUCACACAUCAUUGUAUGAUGUCAAGAAAUUUUUAAAGAGCUUUCAUAUGGGAUAUGAAAAGAUCGACGCAUGUGUUAAUGAUUGCUGCCUCUUCAGAAAGAAGUUAAAGAAGCUUGAUAAAUGUCCCAAAUGUAAUGCUUCACGGUGGAAGACUAAUAAGCGGACUAAUGAGGUAAAGAAAGGUGUCCCACAGAAAGUAUUAAGAUAUUUUCCAAUUAUACCAAGGCUGAAGAGAAUGUUCAGAUCAGAGGACAUGGCUAAGGACUUACGGUGGCAUUACACUAACAAGAGCACUGAUGGAAAACUUCGACAUCCAGUAGAUUCUGUUACAUGGGCUCAGAUGAAUGAGAAGUAUCCUUCAUUUGCAGCUGAAGAAAGGAACAUACGGCUUGGGCUGUCCACAGAUGGAUUUAAUCCAUUCAACAUGAAGAAUAGUAAUUAUAGUAGCUGGCCUGUGCUAUUGGUAAACUACAAUUUGCCUCCUCACCUUUGUAUGAAGAAGGAGAAUAUAAUGUUGACAUUAUUGAUUCCUGGUCCACAACAACCAGGUAAUAAUAUUGAUGUCUACCUAGAACCUCUUAUUGAGGAUUUGAAUCAUCUGUGGAAGAAUGGAGAGCUAACGUAUGAUGCUUUUAGUAAAAGUACAUUUACUCUAAAGGCAAUGCUUCUCUGGACCAUUAGUGAUUUUCCUGCGUAUGGAAAUCUUGCUGGUUGUAAAGUAAAAGGAAACAUGUCUACAUGUGUCAUAGAAAAGGUUUGGCUCCAACACACAGAUAUAGGGAAAAGAAGACUUGGUUUGAUGGAAAAGUUGAGCAUAGGAGAAAGUCAAGAAUUUUAA